AAGUAGUCCCUAGUGUCGCGUCGACGCGUUAGCAAUAAUGGAGUACAUUGAAAUCACCGAUCCAGUCUAUCUGGCCACCAGAGUGGAACGUAACGAACCGGAUUGCGUUCUCGUGAAACCGCAAGAUCACUCGAAAGUGCCAAUCCUCAACCGAGAAUGGGAACCAGUGCCUUGCUAUUUGAACAAACACUACAAAGACAUGGCCCAGCAGAUCAAGGAUUUGAAAGUUCGACCUGAUGAUGUCUGGAUUGCAUCGUAUCCGAAAAGUGGAACAACGUGGACCCAGGAAAUGGUUUGGUUGAUUUGCAAUGAUCUCAACUACAAAGGAGCGCGUGACGUUAUACUGGACAGACGGUUCCCUUUCAUGGAAAUCGGAAGUCUAAUCGGAUUCGACAGUGUGAAGGAGGUGGAAGAUAUGCAGUCGCCAAGGUUUAUCAAAACCCACCUUCCGGUAGCGCUAGUACCCGAUCAGUUGUGGACCGUGAAGCCAAAGAUUGUCUACGUGUAUCGCAAAGCCAAACCCGUUGCCGUAUCAUUCUACCAUCACUACCAAACAUUGACGGGUUAUCGUGGGACUUUAGAGCAGUUUGUCAAAUCCUUCGUUAAAGAUAUGAUCAUGUUUUCGCCGUAUCACGAACAUGUUCUGGAUUACUAUGCGCUGCAACACUUGGACAAUGUUUUGUUGAUCAACUAUGAGGAUAUGAAGAAGGAUCUCAAGUCUGCCAUCCUCAAAGUUUGCUCGUUCUUCGGCAAGAAUUACAGCGAAGAGCAGAUCGAAACACUAUGCCAACAUCUUUCCUUUAACUCUAUGAAGAACAAUCCAUCCGUAAAUGGCCAAGAAAUGGUCAAUAAAAUAUUGACCUACUCGAACCGAGCUCACGAAAAGGACAAUGCCAAUAGAAAAUUCAUCCGCAAAGGAGAAGCAGAAGGAUGGAAAAGUGACCUUACAGUCGCGCUAGCCGAAGAAAUUGACGAAUGGACGCGAACAAAGGUGACAUCGCCAGAAGAUCUAAAAAUGUUCCUCUGAGCAUGUGAAAGAAAUACCAAA